GCUUGUUCGUUUCGUCAAAACAAUCACUUCCAUUAUAAAAGAGCUAAGUAUCAAUAACUUUUGCUUAUUUAAUUUUUCUUUGUUUUUGAUUAUUGCACCCAACACUUUCCUCACUGGUGUUUCUGGAUUUAUCUUGGAAUAAUAAUUUGCCUUCGGAAGUGGGUAACUUGGAAAAGAUUGGCUACCUCAACUUAUCAAAUAAUCAAUUAUCUGGAAGCAUUCCAAGCUCUUUGGAGAAUUGUCUCGGUUUACUAGAACUUUCUCUACAAGGUAACUUAUUUCAAGGGAUCAUUCCUCUAUCCUUGGAAAAACUUUCAAGGGGACUCCAAAAGUUAGACCUAUCGCUCAACAGGUUAUCCGGUCGGAUUCCAGAGUAUUUGGAGUCCUUUAAUUCCCUCGAGUAUCUGAAUUUGUCUUCAAACAACUUUGAGGGUGAAGUACCGAAACAAGGGAUUUUCAAGAAUAUAAGUGCAUUCUCAGUCCUCGGUAACGAUAAGCUUUGUGGAGGAAUUCCGAGGCUACAUUCACCGAGUUGCCCAAGACUUGGCAUCAGGAAACUAAGCAAGACAUUCCCUCGCAAGACACUGCUGUUAAUAAUAUUUGGAGUUGGUAGCUUUGUUAUUUUCUUGGGUUCCUUUCUGAUCAUAUGGUUUUGGAGGAGAAAAGCGGCAAAGCAACCUUCUUUGCGGUUGAAAGAUCCUUUGGAUAGUAUGUUUCAAAAGGUUUCAUAUAAAGAGCUUCUAAAAGCAACAGAUGGUUUCUCCGCUGAAAAUUUAGUCGGAGUGGGAAGUUACGGGUCUGUUUAUAAAGGAUCAUUAAUACUAAAGCAGGAGACAACAACAACUGUUGCAGUGAAAGUGCUAGAUCUUAAACGGCGAGGUGCUUCAAAAAGUUUCAUGGCUGAAUGUGAAGCAAUUCGAUGCAUUCGACAUAGAAAUCUUGUGAAGAUUUUAACUUCAUGUUCUACUACUGAUUAUAAAGGAAAUGAAUUCAAAGACCUAGUUUCUGAAUUCAUGCCAAACGGGAAUCUUGAGAACUGGUUGCACCCGACUGCAAAUGACGAACAACUUCAGAGGUCAGCGAGGAGAUCGUUGAGUUUUAUGGAGAGACUGAAUGUGGCCAUCGAUGUUGCUUCUGCAUUAGGUUAUCUCCAUCAUCAUUGCGGGACACCAAUAGUUCAUUGUGAUCUAAAGCCAAGCAAUGUUUUACUCGACAAUGACCUGAACGGCCAUGUUGGUGAUUUCGGUUUGGCAAAGUUUCUUGGUGAAGUCGUCAUCAAUUUUAAUUCUGAACAACAAAACAACAGCACUUCAGUCGGGAUAAGGGGUUCGAUUAGCUAUGCUGCUCCAGAGUAUGGAAUGGGUAGAGAGGUAUCCUAAUGCGGACGUCUACAGCUAUGGGAUCAUGGUGCUAGAGAUGUUUUCUGGAAGGAGACCUACAGAUGGCGUCUUCAUGGAUGGUUUGAGUCUCCAUACCUUUGCUAAGGCUGCUCUCUCUCCAGAUCGAGUAAUGCAGAUUGUUGAUCCCAGAGUACUACUUGCUACUGUCAAUCUCGAAGAAGAUGAUGAUAACAACAGCAAAAUUCAAAUCGAUGGUGAGACCGAGGCUAAGUUAUGCAAGGCUUUGACCGGAAUUGUCAACAUUGACGUUAUGUGUUCAGCUGACUCACCUAAAGACCGAAUGGAAAUGGUACAGGUCGUGAAAGAGUUGGAAUCAAUCAAGAAUUUAUAUCUGACUAGCGCGGGGUUCGACUAAAUACCAUGUUUAACAUCGAGUCCUGGGAUCAGCAACAUUUGUAGAAUUAACUUCACCAGGUGUAAGUAGGCAAUAAAUGAUGUAAAAACGAAACCAUUUUACAAACUCUGUUUCCUAUACACUAUUUUGUUCUUGCUAUACAUUCCUUUGAUUUGCA